AUGGUUAAAGCUAUCGUUACCUUCGGAACCACAUGUGGUUUAUUGACUAUCAUUGGAUGUCUUUGGGCCGGAAGUGUCAUCAUUGGUGAGAUCAACGAAAUGUACGAUGACGUCAUGGGAGAGCUCGGAGGAUUCAGAAACGUAGCUGAUGACACAUGGGGAGAACUCAUGGUUGUACGUCGCGGAGGUGAAGAGAGUCCACUCGAUUACGCUCGUAGCAUUUUCGGAAGAAAUAAGAGAAGCAGUAGCCAAUGCAGCUGCGGACUGCCAGCUAAUAACUGUCCACCAGGACCACCAGGAGCUCCAGGAGCUCCAGGAGAACCAGGAGAGACUGGACCUGACGGAAAGAACGGCCCAACUGGACUUCCAGGACUCGUUCUUGCCACUCCACAAGACUUCCCCAAGGGAUGCAUCAAGUGCCCACCAGGACCACCAGGACCACAAGGACUUCCAGGACAAGAAGGAUUCCAAGGAAUGCCAGGAAAACCAGGAGAGCUCGGACAACCAGGACGCGACGGAGAACCAGGACACCCAGGAGAGAUUGGUUCCGAUGGAGAACGUGGACAAGAUGGACAACCAGGAAUGCCAGGACCACCAGGAAAAGAUGGUCUCACUGGAAAGGGAAUGCCAGGAAUGCCAGGAAGACCAGGACUUCAAGGUCCACGCGGAACUCCAGGAACCCCAGGAGAACCCGGUCAACAAGGAGACGCUGGAAUGCAAGGACCAUCCGGACAACCAGGAAAAGAUGGCUUCAAUGGAUUGGACGGAAACCCAGGACAACCAGGACCACAAGGAAAUGUUGGAGGAGACGCCGAGUAUUGUCCAUGCCCACAAAGAAGAAGAAGAGUUUAA